AUGGAACAACACACCCUCCGCCGUCGCGGGUUGGGCCUUCGCGGCACCGACCCCAAAGUCUCCCCAGGCUACAUUCUCUACACACCCCUAACAUCCCGCACCGCGCACCUCAUCUCAACAACCGGAGAAGAAGUGCACAAAUGGACGCUUCCCUACCGUGCAGGCCGACAUGCCAGACUCCUCCCGGACGGCAACCUCGCCUACAACGGCGCGCACCCGGAUGCCCCAAGCCUCUUCCCCAUGUGGGCCAAAUACCGCGGCGGCGCAAUGAUCCAAGUAUCGCCGUCCGGGGAAAUCGUUCGAGAAUACCGUGAUCCAAAGGCCCAUCAUGAUCAACAUCAUCUUCCAGAUGGGAAGAUCCUAUACACCACAUUAGAAGCGUUGUCGCCGGAAGAGGCGGCGAAAGUACAGGGAGGGAUUACAGGCAGUGAAGCGCCGGGUGGGAUUGUUUAUGGGGAUUGCAUUAAAUUAGUUGAUCCGUGGUCUAGCUCGAAUAGAUCCUCCUCCGAGGACUUCGAGGGAGAGGGUAAAGGCGGUGCAAAGCUCCUUUGGUCUUGGCGUGCGAUCGAUCAUCUUGAGCCCGAGCUGUUCCGCAUGCAUCAGGAUUAUCCGCGAGAGCAUUGGCCGUUAAUCAAUAGUGUUUCGUUUGACUCGGAUGGGAAUAUCAUUGCCUCGAUGCGAAACACGUCUUCUGUGGUUGUUAUCAGUCGGGAGACUGGAGAAGUCCUUUGGCAUCUGACCCAGCCGGUGGUCAAUCAGCAGCAUUGCGCCCAUGAGCUUCCGUCGGGUGACCUCUUAAUUUUCGAUAAUGGAGUUUUCAGACCUGGCAUCUCGGUGCCGUUCACUCGGGCUAUCGUUGUGGCGCGGGAGUCGAAAGAGAUUGUCUGGGAAUACAAGGAUAGGAGCACGGGAGGUAUUGGGCUGUUCACCCCCUUUAUGGGCUCUGCGCAGAAACUACAGAAUGGGAAUGUGGUGCUUUGUGAGGCAGCUACAGGCAGGGUUCUUGAGGUUACAGAGUCAGGAGAUGUGGUCUGGGAGUUUGUGGUGCCGCAGUUGAACGAUUAUACUGCUGUGCUUGGAGAGGGUGAACUGGAGGAGAUGGGGAAGAUGGGUUUCGCGUACGAGAGCAAUGCGAUAUUUAGGGCAUAUAAAUAUUUACCGGAGGAGGUGCCGUGGCUGGGGAAGGAGUGA